UUGUUCCGAUCCUGUUUGUGGGCCCUUGGGGAUUAAGCAGAUCAAAACUGGAGAAUACAGGGUGCUGGGGAACAAAUGAUCACAUGGGUAUCUGGUGGAUCAUCCGAGGACCAAUGUUGUUUUCCAUUGCAGUUAACUUUGUCAUCUUCUUAAAAAUUCUCAGGAUGCUGAUUUCCAAACUAAAAGCUCAGCAAAUGAGCUUUCAUGAUUACAAAUACAGAUUGGCAAGAUCGACACUUGUACUGAUUCCAUUGUUGGGGAUCCAUGAAUUUGUAUUUACCUUCAUCACUGAUGAACAGGUUGAAGGAUUUUCAAGACAUAUAAGACUUUUCAUUCAGCUGACAAUGAGCUCAUUUCAUGGUUUUUUUGUAGCCGUUUUAUAUUGCUUUGCUAAUGGAGAGGUGAAAGCAGAACUCCAGAAACAGUGGUCCCGCUUCUUGCUUGCAGAUCCCUUUGGUUGUAAACUCUGUUUUCUGGGGGAAAAUAUAAAAUACCUCAGGAAAUGUUCACAGAAACAAAAAAAACAGCCACUUGGCAGCAAACAUCACUUGUGCCUGGAGGGAAGUGAGCUAUGGGGCAUGCAGCUCCAGCAGGUGCUAGUGAAGCAGAGGAGAAGUCUCAGCCCAGAACCAGGCUGUGCUUUCCCAUCUUGUCCACGGGCAAGCAUGUCAGACAGCAGUGAAGGAGAAGUCACCACUGGAGAGACAACUGAAGAAGCCUUUGAAGAAAGCGAGAUUUAG